GCGAGGAUGAGCUCGCGAGGGAUCAAAGCAGCCCUCCAGUACACUGGCAUCCCUGCCUCCUGGCUCAACAAACGUCCAAAGCUCCCCUCACGAAACUGGCUCAUCUUCCUCUCCGUCACCUCCUCCGUCACCUCAUACUACAUUUAUGACCGCAGACAGUGCACACGCAUCCGCGACGAGUUCAAGGAACGCGUUCGCCACCUUGCAGAGGAGCCCCUCGGCACACAAGACCUUCCGCGCAAAGUCCAAGUGUACGCAUCCAAAUGGCCUGGAGACCAGGACCCCGACACGGCAGGCAGAUUUUUCAAGAAGUAUGUCAAGCCAAUACUGGUAGCAGCUGCGGUGGACUAUACCCUUCACGUCGGCCGCAAGCACGGCGACACCGAACGCCUCAUCUACGACCAGACCGUCGACCGCCGCCGCAUCGACGCCGGGCUCGACCCUGAACCCGCGCCGCCCGUCCCCCUCCCGCACUUCCCGUCCUAUGCAACCCAACGCGCACGCGAGCUCGAAGGAGGUACCAUUCUCGUAGGCCGGCACACCCUCAAGGAGUACCUUGCCGGCCUUUCGAGAGGGUGGUCCGCCGGCCUGGCGCGCGUCGACCGCGAAGAAGCCCUCGCGCAGGAGCUCGCGUCCGACGGCGCGUUCGACCUCCCGCCCGACCCCGAGGACCCCGCCGCCACCCUCGACGGCGAACCAAUACCCACACAGUCGCGCCUUACGCCCUCCAUGUCGCUCGGCUUGCAGCCAGAUUUCCGUACUAUGCAGCAGCAGCAGAAAUCCGCCGCUCCUCAGUCCGCGGACGCGGCCUCGAGCUCUGUUGCGGUGCCCAGCGAGAUACCGCCACAGCCUCCCAUGCUCUUCGUCCCCUUCACCGAUCACAUCGGGUUCCGCCAGGUUCCUUGUAUGAUCUGGGGCUUCUUCAACGAGCGGCACAAGGUUCGCGCCGGCGCAGAGGCUGCGUACAAGCUCAUCAUGAACCACACUCGGCCAAUCAUCCCCCCUUCCCCCUCAUCAACCACGCCUGCUUCAGAAUUUGCUGCUGAGGAAACGAAGGACGCUUCGGCUGCACCAUCGUCGUCGUCGCCGACGAGCACAGGCUCCCCAGACCUCGACUUCGACACCCCUGCCGAGUCGUUCUACGAAGGUUCAUUCCACCCCUCCGAAGUUGAAAAGAGCCGGGAAAAGUACUACAAGGACCUUCCAGAGAAGCUUUCUCUGGCUCGCGACCCAUCAAAGGCGAGCACAGGCCAACAGGUGAAAACGGAGGUGGAGCUGCGGCAAGAGCGCCUGACGAAAGAGACGCGCUGGAGGAACGACGUUGCCGCUUGGGAGGUGCUCAAGCCGGGACAGCCCGCCACCUGGGACCCUCGCUUCGAGGGCGUACUCAAGGUCUUCGACAACCCACCCAAGGAUGAAAAGCAGCCAUCUUCGUCAUCUUUAUCAUAAAGUCGAUGAGCCUGCCCAGCCUAGGAUGUUCUCGCUGCUUAUGGCCAUCACGUAUUCGCAUACUGAAUAGACAUAGACAUACACUCCAUCUCACGACGUAUAUAGGUAAUCACGUCUUAAUAUGCUUGGGGGCCGCGUAGUCCGACCC